AUGGCGUCCGAAUUCCAGAAUACGUGGCAGACUGCGCUCGAAGCCGAGAGGGAGCUCUUUAAGAGUCUCGCUGAGAAGGAGCCUACGUUUGCUGGGAUCUCCCACUACCUUUCGAUACUCCGCGCGGCUUGCCAGAAUGCCAUAUUACAAGACUUCGAAUCCGCCCGCUCCAUCGAUGUGGAAGGUCGCCUAUGGGAUGCGCAUCUCAAAAUAAACAGUCGGUUCCGUAAACUGCUCUCCCGCUAUCGCGAGGAGAAUGGGAAGAAGAAGAAACCGGUCGAGAAACGGAAACUUGAGAAACAUUAUCUGGAAUUCAUCAAAUCCAGUCAGCGAUUCUAUCGAGGGUAUAUCCAGCAACUCUCGUCGCAUUUCGGGGGCAUUCCUGAACUGGAGAAAGUUGCGCGGAAAUUUAACCAUGAAAACCUGUCGGCGCAGUCCGCAGCCCAGACAGCGGAAGAAGGCCUUCGAACUCGUAUACUCCAAUCAUGCCAUGCAACCCUCAUUCGCCUCGGCGAUCUCUCACGCUACCGUGAGACCGAGCUUGUUACCAAAGAUCGCAAUUGGGGUCCUGCGAUCGGAUACUAUGAUCUGGCCAUGGUGAUUCACCCGGCUUCUGGCGCAUCGCAUAACCAGUUGGCUGUCAUUGCGCUCGCCGAUGGAAGCCACCUCAGGGCCACUUACCAUCUCUACAGGGCACUGUCCGCCCACGAUCCCCACCCAUCUGCUAGGGGCAACUUGGAGAUCGAGUUUAGAAAGGUCAUGAGUGCGUGGGCAAAGAGAGAAUUGAUCCGUCCUGAGGAUGCCGGUAUUCCAGGCAGGGCAUUGGCUCCUUGGUUUGUGUAUCUUCACGCACAGUGCUACAAGGGUGUUGAUUUUCCUGAACACGAUGAGUUGGAAAGCGAGGUUCUCAGCCAGCUUGCUGUUGACCUCAAGGAGCGUUCUCUUGAGGGCACUCUCCAGAAAUUCUGCUUGGUCAACAUUGCUGCGGAGGAGUUUGCCAGGAAACGUUCUGAUGAAGAAUUCUCGUCCAAUGCACGUCUCUUUUUUCAGCGGAUUAAUGUGAAAACUUUCUUCACCCUGCUCCAGAUUCUUUUAGCUGAAUUGGAACGGUUCGCGGUUGAAGACCAAGACGGAACGCCCAAACCUGAGAAAGUUACUGUUGUCGCGCGUCGCGUCCUACCCGCUCUUCGCAACUACAGCUCCUGGCUCCUUACUGUCAGUUCUCUGCUGGUGGCGUACAAGGAGGAGAAAGAUACGCCAAUGUCUGUCCAGAUUGCCGAAUUUUGGAAAAUUUAUGCCAACACUCUGACACUUCUUGCGUCGACAUUUGAAGUGGUUAAUCUUCCGGACAUUGAUUAUCUCUUGGAGGAAGACGAAGAGACUCUUGGUUUCGCGCCGCUGGAUCAGAAGGCUACGUCUCGUAGAUACUUAGAUGCCAAUGGGAAACACAAGCUCCGAAUGCACGAUGAGGGCGUGGAGAGAAGCCAUCCGAAUAUCGAAAUGCUGUAUCGAAUCCGUGAGUUCGUUAUUGACGGUCUUGAUCUUGUCGUGGGAAAUAAAAUCCCGAUAGCACUUGUGGAUGACAACGACAAAAAGAGCUUCAUUUACAAGGAAGAAGGACUUCCGUCCCAAUUCUUCGCCAGCCCAUCUGGUCAUCACCACACGCUUUCGUCCACGAGCAUCGGACGAGACGAUAUCCAACGAGCAGUGCAGGAUUCGAACAACAUUGCCGAUUCCAGAAGUGUCUAUGGUGGCUCUCAAUCAGCCUCAGCUUCCAUGUCUGAGAUGCACCGCAUCGUCGAAGACGUGGAAAAACUAGUCGAGUCAGACACCUACGAGAACGCACCCAAUGUGUCUGAGCAACCGGGCUUCCUCAGCAACAGCCAACUGCCGACUCCCUCUGGCAACCCAUUCGAGUCUGAUCGGGGCUCUUCUGCAUUCCGGAAAGAGAACAUAAUUCCCCACAGCACGCCAAUGGCGCCUCCCGGACUCGGCCCACCCAUGGCCAAUAAUGCCGCUCUAGCGUCGUCGCAGUCGUUUACGCCCCUGCCCUCGAUCUUGCCCAGCAUUUGGAAUACCGGUCUUUCUCCAUCCGGAGAGCCAUCGUCACUCGGAACCCCCAGACCGCCUCCGGGCUUGGAACAACAACCAAACUCGAUGUAUCAACCAAGCAUGAAUAUGACCACCCCCGGUUUCCGUCCAUCCCAAAGCUCGCCAUCGUCAGUUGCUCGCGAUCUCAUGUUCUACCAACAACAGCAGCAGUUACUGCGCCAAAACCAAUACCCGAACCACAACGGAUCCGGUCCCCUGUCCUCCCCAUGGACCCCAUCGUCACCAAGCAGCGUGUCCAUGCACAACCGCCCCUCGGGACUAGGCACAGGCUGGGACAGUCUUACCUCAUCCCCCGCGCCAGCUCCGUUCGGGCCAUCCGCGCCCGCAUCCAGCAACCCGAUGUCGAACUCCAGUGCAAGGGCGCUAGCAAACGCCUCCUGGCCCAAUGACGCCUUCAUCGCUAGCAACGGUCACUUCCCGCCUUUUUCGAUGGGAUACCCCGGUGGACAUGGGUAUAGUCCUGGCUUUGGUAAUAGUCGCAGAUCUGGAACGCAGCUUGGUGCUAUUGGUGAGACGCCGCCUUGUGGACAGGGUGGUUGA